CGCAGACGCCCGAAGAAGUGGUAGUAGGUUCCGUGCGCGCUCGGUGGUGUAUAGUGUGUUACAGACUUUGCAAUCGCGAUUUUUUUGUUGACUUUUCAUCGCAUAUUUUUCUUUGAUAUCGAAUUCGUUGCUUCUUCGUUUUGUUGGCGUCCGUUGUUUCGGUCGGUUUGGGGCAGAUUUCCGCCAAAAAAGCACCUACGAAAGUCGGUAUAAGCCACCCGAUAGGAGGGAGCGUGUAACAGGGCUUCGAGCCAAAACGGAAGGUCGAACACCGUGAACCCGGCAUCAAUUGUCCCCGUUCCCCCGUCCGGAGAAGGCAAGGCCUUUCGUAAUAGUGGCGCGUAGCGUGCUCCUUAAUCACCCUGGGAGAACUGGGUUUGCAGUGGAAGUUUCCACCUAGUCCCAGAAAGCGGGAACCAACGAAGUAAGAUUCCAACGAGUCAAGUCGUCGCUGGAAACGGGUUUCCAGCAUAUUCGCAGGCAGCAGACCAGAGUGAGAGCAAAUUUCGCGACGGUGGCGACACGAGCAUCAUUCACAUUUCACUACUAGUCGAAGCUGUGUGCCCGAAAAAUAAGAGCAUUUCGCGGAAGGCACACCACACCAGUUGCAGUUUUCUAGUGUUACUGCGUGUGCAUGUGGACUGUGCCGCGCUAUCCGUUGGUUGCAUUCGGAGCAGCUUAAGUUAGUGUUUUUUUUUGUUCGGUUUGUUUUUGACAGUUCGACUGAGAAGUGUGCGAUUUUGUAGUUUUGACAGAAGACGACAAGUGUGUUGUACAAGUUUAAACAUCGUCACGCGACGACACAGUUUCGAUUCUACCUACCGUCGACAGUCGACUGCUCGACUAACUGUCACCGAGGGAGACGCCGAGAAGUUGAAAAGUCGCGUGAAAACGGUCAAAAGCAGAUAGGAAACGGCCGGCCUGACUGAGACAGGGCUGCUUCUGCUGUCAAGAUUCGGACCGGACACACAAUGAAGCAGAUCAAUCUAGGGGACACACCGCCGCUGACGCUGGCGGCAAUCGUGCGGCGUCGGGCGGAGGCCAUCAAACACAACAGCGAAUGCGAAACGGACGACCAGCGGCACAAUCAGACAUUUCCACCACUUAGCACGGGUACGAUCGUAGCGUCGGAUUCCGGUGUGUUCAUGUCGACCACAGACAUUGAUAGGACGCACAGUGCCAGUGCCAGCACGCAGCAUCUGAGUGCCGUGGAGGAGUACACCGAAGUGCCGGGUCCGAAGCCAACUUACGUAAUUGGAGAAAAGGACGACGAGGACGAAGUCGAGAUCGACGCCGACGAGGAUGUGGAUGGUUUCGAGCCAGCGAACGCCUCGCACGAGAGUAAGACUGAUCGGAUACUGAACAAACGCACUUGCCAGAGUUUACCGGACGUGAACAGUCCUCGACCUCAAGCUUUAACCGCCGCCGUAACCACCUGUGAUAGUAGUAGUGAUAUAGGAGUAGUAGCGCCUAGGAAGGACGAGACUGACGAUCAUCGGGUCCCCGGUGGGGCCACCAAACCCUGCGAUACCGGCGGUGGCGCGAAAAAAGCUUCGGCACCGGUAGCCGCUGGUCCGGCGGCCGCACAGCAACGGCUGAAGUUCGACGACGCCAGCCUGCUGCAGGCCUUUUCCAUCGAUCCCAAACUGAUCAACAAGUACGACGGGCUGGAGCACACACUGUACUACAUCGACGAAAAUGGGAGCCCAAAGUUGCGGGAUAAGUUCGCCGUACAGCAGCAGCUUGCCGAGGAGAAAAAACGACGCAAACAGGAGAAGAAGCUGGAGAAACGCGGAUUGGACGGCGAAGAAACGACCACCCAGUGUACCUGUUUUAGCUUUAGUCGACUGACGAGGAAAGUUCGGGAUAUGUGUAAGGAUGGUUCAAAAGUGACAACGGUUGUGGCGACAGCCGGCCAAGGACCAGACAGACCACAGGAGGUAUCAUACACAGAUACGAAGGUGAUCGGCAAUGGAAGCUUCGGGGUCGUCUUCCAGGCGACGCUCUGUGAUACGGGCGAGCUAGUUGCAAUCAAAAAGGUGUUACAGGACAAGAGAUUUAAGAACCGCGAACUACAGAUUAUGCGACGGCUAGAACACUGUAAUAUUGUUAAACUAAAAUAUUUCUUCUACUCCAGCGGCGAGAAGCGUGAAGAUUUCCCCCUAGAUAUGGGCAUAUUUGCCGGUGCAUUGCAAUCACAGAAAGACGAAGUUUAUCUCAAUCUAGUGCUCGAAUAUAUUCCAGAAACCGUUUACAAAGUGGCUCGUUACUAUGCUAAAAACAAACAAACGAUACCAAUCAAUUUUAUCAGACUUUAUAUGUACCAGCUAUUUAGAAGCCUUGCUUACAUUCACUCGCUCGGUAUCUGCCAUCGUGAUAUCAAACCCCAGAAUCUGCUGCUGGAUCCGGAUACGGCCGUGCUGAAGCUGUGCGACUUUGGCAGUGCCAAGCAGUUACUACAGGGCGAACCGAACGUGUCGUAUAUUUGCUCGCGAUACUACCGGGCACCGGAGUUGAUAUUUGGUGCCAUUAAUUAUACCACGAAAAUCGAUGUCUGGAGUGCGGGAUGCGUACUGGCCGAACUGCUACUGGGACAGCCAAUUUUCCCCGGCGACUCCGGUGUAGAUCAGCUGGUGGAAAUCAUCAAAGUUCUCGGCACACCGACCCGAGAACAGAUCAAGGAAAUGAACCCUAACUACACUGAAUUUAAGUUCCCGCAGAUUAAGAGUCAUCCAUGGCAGAAGGUAUUCCGGGCACGUACCCCUCCGGAUGCGAUUGCUCUGGUGUCCCGGCUGCUAGAGUAUACACCGGGAACCCGAAUUACGCCCAUCCAAGCAUGUGCGCAUCCGUUCUUCAACGAGCUGCGAGAGGGCAACAAAACACUACCGAGCGGGCGCGAGUUCCCGCCACUGUUUAACUUUACCGAGCAAGAACUGGCGAUUCAACCGAGCCUGAACCUGAUCCUGCGGCCCCGAAAUCCGAACGAUGCAAAAGCCGGCCAGUCAUCCAGUUCAGUCGAUGGCGGUAACGGCAGUGGCAAUGGCGGUGGGGCCAACAGCACCGGCAGUAACAACAACAACAGCGGAGGCAACAACGGCGGAAGUAGCAAUAGUGGCGCCCAGGCGGAUAGCUCCCAGGUCCAGGGUGGCAGUGGCAGCAACCAGGGUGCCGUCGGUGGGGCGCAAUCCGUCGGAGGCGGUGCGGAGGAUAUUACGUCAUCACAGUCCGUACCCGGUGUGGACAGUAGUUCCAGCCAAGGAGCUAUAGCACCAGCGGCAACUUCGACGAUGGGUUAGCUUUAAAUCGUACACAUAAAAUAUUAUAUAUUUUUUAAUUUUAAAUAUUAAUUUAAAACGAGGAUAAAAACAAACGUAGGAGAAAGCAAAAGAAAAACCGCAAGAGAUGAAAAUAAAAAAACUGCAAAAAUCGUGGAAAGUUUAUCAACAACAACAAAAAAAUCUAGCAAGCAAAACAAAACCACACAUUGAUACUAUAGAAGAAUUUAAUAUUUCAAUAGAAGACAAGCUAAAAGCCACUAAUAGAAAGAAAAAAAAACACCUUGCGAAUGCCAGUGCGAGGCAAGUGAAACACUACUAAAAAAAAAAUUCAAAAAUGAUGCAAAUAAUAUUUCAACCAAUAUUAUUCUUAUUCAAGAAAUAUCUUAACGUAACCAUAAACAAAACACACUCACACACACAAGUCUAGUAGAUCAGUCAAGUACCAAGAGUCACAAUUUCUCCAACCAACAAAAAAAACAAAUUAUGCAAGGAAAAAAGUAGUUUCAAUUUUGCUAGUUAUAGUUGAAGAUUUAGUUUUUCGUUCUCUUGUGACUGUUGUGCAAAAAAAAACAUAUAUACAUAUAAAAUAAACAGAGCGUUAGGUGGGAUAUAAUCGAUAAAUCUUCGGUUUGAUGAAGAUUUUCCCCGUGUUUAUUAUUACUUAUUUCGUUUUUCAAAGUUUUGACAGCGCCAGCAUGUAUCGUGUUGGGAUCCAGUUUAUAUAUUUUUUUUUAUUUAAGCAAGCAAACAAACAAAAAAUAUUAUCAAGCCGUGUCGUACCCGCUGCGAUCCAAACCGCUGUAAUUUGUACGCGCAGUGAGUGCGAAUUUUCUUAGAUCGGUAACCAUGUGUACGUGCAUCGAUUUCUUACUAAGUUGGUGGAUACGAGGCGAACGUUGUAGGUUUAUCUUGUGUAGUAGUGUGGGAAAAUUGUUUAUAUUACUAUUAACGAAAGAAAAAAAACUAGCUACUAAUAAACACACACACAGAUACACGAGUACCACUAUAAUAGCAGUCCUUUGAGCAUUGUGAGAUAAGUCAGAUUGUGAACAAAAAACUAGUAAAGCAAAAAUCAGCAUUAUUCAAACUUCUCUUAAUCUUUGAAAGCAACAGAAGGAAAAGGGAACUAUCCCGCCUGGUUAAGGAGCAAACUGCAAAGCAAACGAAACGGUAAGUUUAAGGAUAAGCUUCUGGAAGUUGUAGUUCAUGGGUCUCCCCUCAAUCAUGUCCUAUGGGAUACGACGCAUGAAAGUAAAAGAAAAAAAAAACACACAUUUAAUGGCAAGGCGGAGAGAGACAAGCAUAAUUAGAAUAAUCAAACAAUAAAUUAUUUUAAACGAAAAAAAAUACAGAAAAAAUCAAUGAAAACCCUUUUUUGUAGUAUAAAGAAAAUAUAUAUAUUAUUGCAUAAGUAAUUUAAAUUUAAAAAUAAAAAUUGAAAAAAAACGAAAAAAUGUAAACCGUAAUUGAUUAUUUAACAGGAAGAACGCACGGGUGGGCGAAUGCUACCGGUGUUGAAAAAAAAAACAAGAAACUAGCCGAAAGUUGUAAUUAGAGCAAAGUAAACAGAAAAAUACACAAUGAAAAAUAUCGUUGUCGCUCUUCAGCAGUACAGACAUAUAAAUAAAACAAAAGGAAAAAAAUCGUGAAACAUAAUAUUUAACAAACACAACACACACACAUAGUAAUUGCUACAAUUUUUAGCUAUUAGAUAUUUUAAUCAGCUAGAAAAAAAAGUAAAUAAAGGAAACAAAAUGUUAAAAGAUUUCGCUGUCAUCUAUAAA